AUGGUGCGCCUCUUCGAGGUGCGUGACUUCGUGGCCGAGGAGUGGCCGCACGUUCUCAUCUGGGACCUCUUCGUCGGCCGCGCCAUCUGGCUGGACAGCCUGGAGCGGGACGUUGGCUUCACGUGGGCCUCGCUCCUCCUCACCAACGGCAUCGGACCGCCGGGGCUGCUGCUCUACGUGACCAUCUGCCUCCUCUCUGGCCGUGGGGGCUCCCGUCCGUUGUAUCACGUGUAA